AUGGAGCACCCAGACGACCGUAGUCAUCAACUGCGAAAAAGCGAAACUAAAUCCGAGGAGCGGCAGCUGGAUUACAAAGCAGAGGAAUUGUGUGGAAGAAGGCGAAAUUGUCCGGAGCGGAGCAACGAGCGAAAAGAGGUGAGAACGUCGAAGUCAUCUCGUCGGCUCCUGCGCACGCCCACAGGAACGUCCCCUACCUCACGUGACUCAGUUCAUGUUCAAACAUUGAAACCAGCCUAUAAACAUCUCCGAGAGCUUAUGGACUGA